UAAGAAUUUCAAAGAAAUGGAAACUGACCUGAAAUCUAAGCAAGAUAAAAUGGUGAAAAUUGAAGCUGAAAUGCUGCGAAUGGAAAGACAUUCUAGAAGCUAUAAUCUCCGAUUUGGAGGAAUUGAAGAGAGAGAAAGCGAAGAUCCAAAGCAACUUGUUCUGGAUAUAUUAAAACAUGACCUUAAUUUAGAUGAGAUAACGAUUGAAAAUGCACACCGAACCGGUAAAAUAAAGAAAGGUGAGAUUCAACGCCCAAGACAUAUUAUCGUGAAAUUCGUCUUUAGGACACAAAGAACCAUCGUGAUCCGCAAAGCCAAGGCCAUGAAGGUAAAAACUUUUUACGUUAUGGAGGAUUUGCCGGCUGCUGACAUACAGAAAAAGAAUGAACUUAAAGAUGUAAUGUCCAAAGCUUUCAAAGAGUAUAUGAUAGUACAUACUUAUUAAAUUAUGCAUGAUGUUAUAUGGUCAUCAUAUUUAUAUUCUAGUAUUAUUAUUUUCAUUAUCUUGUUAUUGUAUUCCUUUUCUCGACUGAUAUAUAUAGCGCAAAUAUUGUAUGCUAAAAAUCUUUAAAAUUAUGUGAUAAAUGGCAAAUAAUGAGUUUAUAAAUCUACCUUUUCACGGGGUAGACUAUUCUAAUGAAUUAUUUAAUGUUUCAUUGAAAUCUCCUGAAAUGUAUAAU